AGCCGAGAGGCGGCGGCGGGGGCGGCCAUGGCGGAGCUGGUGCAGGGCCAGAGCGCUCCGGUGGGCAUGAAGGCUGAAGGCUUCGUGGAUGCCCUGCACCGAGUCCGGCAGAAGAGAAAAAUGACUGUGUGGUAGAAAAUCACCAGCAGGGAUCUCUUCAGGUCAUGCUGAGAGAUAAGGAAUAGAGUGGCCUCAGUUUUGUUGGAGGUCCCUGUCUCCUGCUUCCUGCAUCUGAACAGAGGCCUGUACUCACCUACCCUGAGCCCUGUGUCCUGGUCAUCAGUCCAGAUUGCUGCUAAAAUUGACUCAAUUCCUCACUUGAAUAAUUCCACACCUCUAGUGGACCCCUCCGUGUAUGGAUACGGAGUACAGAAGCGGCCCUUGGAUGAUGGAGUAGGUAACCAGUUAGGGGCCUUGGUACAUCAAAGGGCAGUAAUAACAGAAGAAUUCAAAGUGCCUGAUAAAAUGGUUGGAUUUAUUAUUGGCAGGGGAGGUGAGCAGAUUUCACGGAUUCAAGCAGAAUCUGGUUGCAAAAUUCAGAUUGCUUCAGAGAGUUCUGGGAUUCCAGAGAGGCCCUGUGUACUUACCGGAACCCCAGAAAGUAUUGAACAAGCCAAACGCCUCCUGGGGCAGAUUGUGGAUCGUUGUAGGAACGGACCUGGCUUCCACAAUGACAUGGAUGGCAACAGCACAAUCCAGGAGCUCCUCAUCCCUGCAUCUAAAGUUGGCCUGGUCAUCGGCAAAGGAGGGGAAACAAUCAAGCAGCUGCAGGAGCGGACAGGUGUGAAAAUGGUGAUGAUUCAGGAUGGCCCACUGCCUACAGGAGCAGACAAGCCUCUUCGCAUCACUGGAGAUCUAUUUAAAGUACAGCAAGCAAGAGAAAUGGUACUAGAGAUCAUCAGAGAGAAAGACCAAGCUGACUUCCGAGGGGUGCGUGGUGAUUUUGGAUCCCGGGUAGGAGGCGGCAGUAUAGAGGUAUCUGUGCCUAGGUUUGCUGUUGGGAUUGUGAUAGGAAGAAAUGGAGAAAUGAUCAAAAAGAUCCAGAAUGAUGCUGGUGUGAGGAUUCAGUUUAAACCAGACGAUGGGAUUAGUCCAGAAAGAGCAGCACAGGUCAUGGGUCCUCCAGACCGGUGUCAGCAUGCAGCCCACAUCAUCAAUGAGCUGAUCCUUACUGCACAGGAAAGAGAUGGCUUUGGAGGCCUGGCGGUAGCCAGGGGAAGAGGCCGUGGCCGUGGUGACUGGAGCGUGGGCACCCCUGGUGGCAUCCAAGAAAUAACAUACACAGUGCCAGCAGAUAAGUGUGGUCUCGUCAUAGGCAAAGGGGGCGAGAACAUCAAAAGUAUCAACCAGCAGUCAGGCGCACAUGUGGAGCUGCAGCGCAACCCGCCUCCUAACACUGACCCCAACCUGCGGAUAUUCACCAUCAGGGGUGCUCCUCAGCAGAUCGAGGUGGCCAGGCAUCUCAUAGAUGAGAAAGUUGGCGGUUCUGGCCUGGGAGCCCCCACAGCAUUCGGACAGAGCCCUUUCAGCCAACCUCCAGCUGCGCCUCAUCCCAACACCUUUCCUCCAAGGGGCUCGGGAUGCUUUCCCAACAUUGCUGCUAAAGUGAACGGAAACCCCCACAGCACCCCUGUGAGUGGUCCUCCGGCUUUUCUGACCCAAGGCUGGGGCAGUACCUACCAGGCCUGGCAACAACCUGCACAGCAGGUCCCAAGCCAGCAGAGCCAGCCGCAGAGCAGCCAGCCCGACUACAGCAAGGCCUGGGAGGACUAUUACAAAAAGCAGAGUCACACCGCCAGCGCUGCUCCUCAGGCCAGCUCCCCACCAGACUACACGAUGGCCUGGGCGGAGUAUUACAGGCAGCAGGUCGCCUUCUACGGGCAGACGUUAGGGCAGGCUCAGGCCCACAGCCAGGUCUGUAGCCAGUCCCCAGCACCGUGAAGCCUCCCAGAGCAGCCUUCGCCCUGUCUCCCUAGCUCUGUGCUUGCCUGGUCCCAGGCUGAGCACACUGAGCCGUGGGGACCCCCUCCUUGACCCAGGGAGUGGAAAAUUGCCCAUGCAGCUCCUAGAAGGAAGUACUGCUUUUCCCUCCAGCUGUGCCCAUGGCACCCAUGAGCAUUACCCAUAAGGUCCAGUGCUGAGUGCUGUUCUUCCUCUCUCUGGGCCCUAGUUUCCCUAAUUAAAUGAGUGUCAGACUUAUGCCUGGCACUGCUCAGUGCGACUUGGGACACUCAAGAAGCUGCUCUUGAAGAGGGUGUGGCUAGGUGGUAGCCUUUCCUGGGCAACAGUGGGUGGUGGCAGAGGCAGCAGUUCCUCCCCUUGGGGACCAAAUAGGUGGAGUGCUGACUCACCUUCUUCUUGCCUGAUAAUUUGCAGGGUCCUGCCCAACCAUAGGCCACGCAUAAUCUUAAAGCAGGACAAAGGCCAAGUGCUCCUGCAGAACACAUUUCAGGGGACCCCAUGCCAAUCACGCCUUUGAUUCCCUCCAGCCUGCUGUUUCCUGCCUGGCACUGUCUGGGCUGGGCCCUGAGGAGCAGCAUCAGGCCCGGUGGUGACCCAGGAGCAGUAGCACUCGCUCCCUCCCCUUCCCUAGUGCCCCUAGCCGGAGAGAACUGUCCUCCCCAGGGCUUUCCUGACCUGAGACCCUGAGGUGCUUAGAUCCACAGCGGUGCUUGGUGGUGUACAGCGCCUAUCACCUCCACCUGGCGCCAGGCUGACCCCUCUCCCUCCCCCCACAGGAGCAGUAGAUGGGCGUCUGCGGUGGCUCUUCCCUGAAAUCAGUGUGAGAGAAAACCUGUUUGUAACAGAGGUUUUUAGAUUUGCAGACCUUUUGAUGAAGAACCUUUGUUUUGUUCUGUGAAACACUAUAUUUAGAUUAACAGAAAUUUUCUAAAAAUCGGGAAAGUUAGUUACUAAAUAUUGCUGAUAAUUUCUGUGUCAUGAUUCUUGUUUGUCCCUUCAAAUGUAUGCGCUCUGGGGCUCUUUGGAGCACUACCUGCAAAGUCAGAUGCCAGAGCGUGCCUCACAGCAGACGCUUCAUCAGCACGGCAGGUUUGCUUUUGUCCUGGUCGCUCUUUAUUGACAGUUGUUUCUGUUGCAACAGAAAAGUGGCUUGGAAGUCUUAGGUGGUAUGUAACGAAAUCUUUUUUAAAAUUUUUAAACAGUAUUUAAAUAUUCUUAAAUGUGUAAAUUCAUUACGUGUUUUACUUCUAAUUUCUUGUAUCUUGGCUGCCUGGUUUUAUUGCAUUUAAAAAAACUGAACUAUUAUGUAUUGUAAUUAAUGAUGUGAAUUCUGAAUUGAGACAGGUAAUUGUGUCGCUGUCGAGCAGGGGCGGGGGGGCAUUCGUUAGGGUCUGUAACUUCUAGAGCUCGGGGGGAAUAUAAAAUGUGUCCGUGUGUUUAGCAUACGUAUUUUUAUGUCUCCAUUACUGGUUACGAUUGUGUAUCUAAGACCUCCAAGCUAGUUUUAAAAACAAAACAAAAGGCCUUUCUCUAUUCUCUCAGAAAUAUAAAUACUGUUAUUUUUUAAUAUUAAAAAGAAAUUCAAUAUAACUUUUAACAAACACUGUGGACAUUAAACCAUAUAAAAAUGUAGUAACUAUUUUUUAAUUCCAAGGUGUUUUUUGCUUUUUUCUUUUAAAUAUUUUCUUAAUAUUUGUCAAAUUAACUAGAUGAAUAAAUAAAUCUAGUAUUAACCACAGUAUGAAUUAAAAAUAAUUUUGAUUUAAUAAAAGGGAUAAUAUGAUUUCCAAUGUUUACUGUAGUGUAUCUUGUACAGAUAACAUGUAUUUUUAAAGGACAAGAAAACUGAAUUGAAGCUAUUUUUUCUUGCAUUUUUAAUUGACCUGAGGAACAUUCCGUUUGAAAUGUGCUGAAGUUGCAGCUUGUUUCUCUGUUUUCCUUACAAUGCUUGAAAUGUCUAACUAUUAAAACAGGCAAUUGGAAAAUGUUAUGCAUGUUAUUUUUAAAAAGGUGUUCUUUUUAUUUUGACUGACAGUUCAUUUUACACUAUAUAUAAUAAAAUUUCCACGAGAUGCCUUGUGGGCAAAGUA